AUGCUGUGGAGCUUGUUGGCAGUGCCGGUGGUUUCAGCAGCUGUCCUGUACGUCCUCUAUCACUGGCUCAUCCCUACAGCUGUGCAGAGCAGCGGCUGGCUGGCACUCCUCUGGCACGAUGUCAUCCUUGAGCGGGUCCUUAACAUCAUGACGGGAUCAUCACGACCUCAGCGCAUGCUGAAAGCCGUUCAGAAGAAUGCUACAAAAGGAGACCCUCAGAGCGUCAUCUCAGCCAUCGACCAUUACUGCCGCCACAAAGAAUGGGCCAUGAACGUGGGCGAUGAUAAAGGGCUCAUACUGGAUUCAGUGUUGACGGAGGUAAACCCCAGCACAGCUCUGGAGCUCGGCACGUACUGCGGCUACUCCACCGUUCGGAUCGCUCGACUGCUGUCCCCUGGCUCCAAACUCAUUACAGUCGAAUUCAACCCAGCCUUUGCUGAAGUUGCUCGUCAGAUCAUCGCCUACGCCGGCCUUCAGGAUAAGGUUACUGUAGUGGAGGGACCCUCUGGUGAUUUAAUCCCCAAAAUGAAGGAACGAUUUGGAAUAAGAUACUUUGAUUUCGUGUUUUUGGACCACUGGAAAGAUCGUUAUGUACCAGAUACUAAACUUCUCGAGGACUGUGGUCUACUGAAAAAAGGCACUGUCCUGUUAGCCGACAAUGUCAUUUGUCCUGGAGCCCCGGAAUAUUUGAAAUAUGUGAGGAACAGCGCACACUAUGAAAGCCGAUACUACAAGUCCAACCUGGAGUACACCAAAGUAGAAGAUGGCCUUGAGAAAUCUGUCUUCUUAGGAUGAGAAAGAAUGAAUGAAUAGUUCUGUAAAACAGGGACGGCACAAGGGAAAAAAACAAGCCAGUUCCUCUAAAAUACCCAGUCUUGUGAUACUAUGUCUACUAAGAACAGACAAACGGAUGUUUUUGUCCUUAACAAAACCCACUUGCAACAUCGCAAUGCUGUGAAAUCUCCUUAUACGCCAUUUCUGCUAUGGUUUAAGAUAUUUUAUAACACAACCUGCUGAUAUCUUGUAAAUUUUUUUCAGGAGAGUGAUUGUACUAUUGGAUAAAGCUAUGAAAUUCAUGUUGUUUUUCCUAAUCAAAGAAUAUCACAGAAGUCUUUGUGUAUGUAUUG